AUGCGUGGGGUGAUCGCGGACGACUUGCCGGAUGCCCGCACGCGCUACGGCUCGUUCCCAAGACUGAGAGUGCUCGGGCGCGGACAGCACGGAUCGGCAAUAUUGCUACGCGACCCAGCCAGCAGCGAGCUUGUCAUCGCGCUGGACGAGUCCGAGGCCGCGGAGCCGGAGAGGCUUCGCAACGAGGUGCAGAUCCUGAGCCAGCUCCAGCAUCCCCGGAUCGUCGCGUACAUAGACUCAUUUGUGUCUGAGCGGGUGCUCACCAUUGUGAUGGAGUACGCCUCCGGCGGCACGCUCGCGGAUGUACUCGCGGUGAACGCAGCGAGCAAGCUGCACUUCGGUACCGCCACAGUCGUGCGCUUCAUCGCCGGUCUCGCCUCUGCCCUGCGGCACGUCCACGCUCGCAGAAUCCUGCACCGCGACCUCAAGACGGCAAACGUCUUCCUGACUGACGAGGCGGAGCCGAACGUGAAGCUGGGCGACUUCGGCGUCUCGCGUCUCUUCUCGACCGAGACUCACCUCGCCGAGACUAUGUGCGGCACGCCAUACUACCUCUCGCCCGAGCUAGUGCGCGGCUUGCCCUACUCACAACCGAGUGACGUCUGGGCGCUCGGGGUCAUCCUCUUUGAGCUUCUCACGCUCAAGCGGCCCUUCAGCGCGCCAAACGGAGCGCUCGGCGCGCUAGUGAUGGCAAUAACGACAGGCGCGCGUACACCCGAUGCCUUUCCCCGAGGCUGCCCCCGAGGCUGA